AUGCGGCUGAGCGCUGCGAACGGCCUUGCGUCGUCGUUGCCGUCGGAGCAGCCUCCGACUCACCCGCCGCUCCUCCGCAGCACCCACCCUGCGUCCUCCGAUCGAUCCGUCCAUGCUGGCGCUGCUACUGCCACUAUCACUGCCACUGCAGCUGUUGCAGCUGCUCCAGCAUCAUCAUCAGAGAUAACUGGCACAUUGACAUCCUCACCAAUGCACCCCGGCGCUGGUGCAGUCGCUGGCUGGAGCAGAGCCGUCGCCUCGAAAUCAGCCGCUUCUUCAGCCGUUUCCACUCCAAGUCUCUCCACGACGACGACGACGACGGGUGCCUCGUCGGCAUUGGCAUCGACGCCGUCGUCAAGCAGUAGCCCUGCAAGCGUGGCUGGACAGAGCUUCUUCCCGCCCACACUGCUGCGCUCAUCGUCGUCGAGCGCUACACCAUCCGUCUCAACGAGCGGCGCCACCGCCGUUGCCCACAGCGCGUCCUCGCCAAGUACCAUCCGACCAGAAGCGCAAAGUAGUUCUAGUAUUAUUAAUAGCAGCAAUACUAGUAGUAGCAGUAGUAGUAGUACAAGUCAAGCAGAGGUACCGACUCCAAGAAAUCAGCCUCCUCACGCCAACGACACGAUCGCACCCAAUGCAGCCAAUGCAGCCGCUGCGAACGCACCGGCAUCACCUGCUGCUGCUGCUGCUGCUGCUGCUGCUGCACCUCCGCGCAUGGUCUCGCCUACCACGCCUGUAACUCCGUCUCACUCUGCGACGGCGGCGCCCGCGCUCGUCAACACGUCCGCGCCUGUCAACUCGAACAAUCUCUUCCAAGUCAAGGCGUACUUUGGCGUGAGUGUGGCCGAGCUCUUGUCGGGCGCUGGAGAGAAGGGCCCGACGUUGCCACGCAUUCUUGUCUUUCUGUGCGAGUACAUGAUGCGCUACGUGGAAGAUGUCGCGCAAGAACGCCCCGCGGCAUUUGAGGCAGAGCUGCGCGUGCUCUUUCAGCAGAACGCGGACGAAGAGCUGUUUGCGCGCGCGCGCCAGCGGUUUAACCACGGCGACUUUUUCGACUGCGAUUCUCCCAUCAUUGCCUUCCGCUUGUUGCGGGCAUUUGUGCGCGAGAUGCCCACGCCGCUGAUGCCUCCUACCAUGUACGAUGAUGCCAUCCACCUCGUCCAAUCCCAUCUCCGCCGAGCAACGUCCUUGCUACGGCGGAACAAGCACUACACGGCGCUGCUUGCCGGAUUUCCAGAGUCCACGGCUGCCGAGGUCGAUGACUGGGUCAAGGGCAUGUUCCACAACUCGGGGUUGCUGCUGCAAGGCGGGAUUCCCAUCUCCGAGGAAAGCGUCAUCGAAGUGGUCAAGCCGCUGCAAGCAGUGCUGACGCAGCUGGCUUUCAGCGUGUGUGCGCCGUUCAGCGACCUCGAGGAG